CUUCUGACAAACUUAUUGAUAACUCCGUUUUCUGUGAAGUGGGUCUGCUAAAAGCUGAAGUUUCAAUCUGCUGAUUCUUUUCAUAAGGAGAUCUCUCUAGUGAAUUCGUAUUUGGUGAGUUAUGCACGUGUUCCUUUUUAUGUCCCAAUCGGAGUGUGUUCAUUGUCUUCAGAGAUGUAUGACUAUUUCCACACUGGAAAUGAGUCUUCCUUCUCGCACUUCGAGUCAGUUAUAUUCAGUCUGCUCAAGAGACAACAGCCUCCUCCCCCAGACAGAGUGCCGUGUGGGGAGGAUGGGGUUAAACAUGUGGAGGCCAUGGCUAAGCUGUUUGAUCGAGUGGCGAACCCGAGGGAACUGCCACUGACCAUUACUGAGAACUUCUUCGAGUGGAGGGGAUCUGUGCAGCUGGACGCAUUAGCGCAGAGUUUAAUGAACAAAAAAGUGUCUAAUCGUAACAGACUGAUCGGCUUGUUGCCCCUGGGUCCCUUUCCCGCCUCCAUAGACACGAACUACCUGACCAGUCUGAUAUCCAACUGGAUGUCCUGCUUUUUCAUGGGCUUCCGAGUACACUGUCUGCCUCAAAUCUCAGUCAAGCAGUUUCCUCAGAUGAUCACCAGGUACCACUUCAAAACGAAGAAGUUCCAGAUCCUCUCCACCAGCCUCAUCAGACUGGCAGAACAAUACGUGAGCCAACGGGAACCCAAAUACCAGUGCCUUAUAGUGGUCUCUUGGCAUGACCUCUACCCCGAGGAGAAGAUGAACUUCGAGCUGGGUCAGGGCAGCUCACUCUACAGGUGUGCAGUCAUGAGCUUCGGCAGAUUCGAACCAUCCAGCUUUAAGACUAAUCAACCGGAUGUAAAACAACUCACGCCCAAGAUCAUUUGGCAGUUUUUGAAGGUGUCGGCCCAUGAAGUGUGUCACGUGUUCGGAAUGAAACACUGUAACACAUUCCACUGUCUUAUGAAUGGCAGUGUCUCCAUACAACAGGCGAUGAAACAGCCACUGCUGCUAUGCCCAAUCUGCUUACGCAAACUCAAACACUUCACCAAAGCUAACUUAGAACACUGGCUGGUCGGCAUCCGAAUAUUUCUGCUGGAAAUUUUGAAAACAUACCCGGAGUUUGAUCGGGUGGCAGACUGUAUUGUUUGGAUUAACCAAAUGUUAGAAUUGUGUGAUGAAAUUGAGAAAAGCGCAGCCACAAAAACUACACAGCAUAGCUAAACUUGAACAGAUCCUUUUGUAGAAUUUAGAAUUUCAAAUUUUUAUAGUUUUAUAUAUUGCUUAAAUGUACUUUAACUAGUGGUGCUAAUUAUUUUUCUUCUUUGAUAUUAUUUACUGAUUAUUCUAAUCAAAAGAAUAUUCGACUUGGCUCAAGAUUUACCUUAGUAAAAGCUUAAUGGUUCCGAGCACUGAAAA